AUGAACCGCAAAUCACCCAAUAUCAUUUUUCAAGCCCACCUUUCUCACCCAACAUCUGUACCCAGCCACAAAUGUCCCAAACACCAGAUUAUGAGCCCACCAUUAUCACCCAAUAUCCAUGCCCAACUACAAACCACCCAACACCUGUGCCUAACCACAAACCACCCAACACCAGACUGUAAGCCCACCGUUAUCACCCAACACCUGUGCCCAACCACAAACCACCCAACACUGGACUGUGAGCCCACCGUUAUCACCCAACACCUGUGCCCAACCACAAACCACCCAACACCAGACUGUGAGCCCACCGUUAUCACCCAACACCUGUGCCCAACCACAAACCACCCAACACCAGACUGUGAGCCCACCGUUAUCACCCAACACCUGUGCCCAACCACAAACCACCCAACACUGGACUGUGAGCCCACCCUUGUCACCCAACACCUGUGCCCAACCACAAACCACCCAACACCGGACUGUGAGCCCACCCUUGUCACCCAACACCUGUGCCCAACCACAAACCACCCAACACCAGACUGUGAGCCCACCCUUGUCACCAAACACCUUUGCCCAACCACAAACCACCCAACACCGGACUGUGAGCCCACCCUUGUCACCCAACACCUGUGCCCAACCACAAACCACCCAACACCGGACUGUGAGCCCACCGUUAUCACCCAACACCUGUGCCCAACCACAAACCACCCAACACCGGACUGUGAGCCCACCCUUGUCACCCAACACCUGUUUCCAACCACAAACCACCCAACACCGGACUGUGAGCCCACCUUUCUCACCAAACAUCUGUGCCCAACCACAAAUGACCCAACACCAGACUGUGAGCCCACCGUUAUCACCCAACACCUGUGCCCAACCACAAACCACCUAACACCGGACUGUGAGCCCACCGUUAUCACCCAACACCUGUGCCCAACCACAAACCACCCAACACCGGACUGUGAGCCCACCCUUGUCAUCCAACACCUGUGCCCAACCACAAACCACCCAACACCGGACUGUGAGCCCACCCUUGUCACCCAACACCUGUGCCCAACCACAAACCACCCAACACCAAACUGUGAGCCCACCCUUGUCACCAAACACCUUUGCCCAACCACAAACCACCCAACACCGGACUGUGAGCCCACCCUUGUCACCCAACACCUGUUCCCAACCACAAACCACCCAACACCGGACUGUGAGCCCACCUUUCUCACCAAAGAUCUGUGCCCAACCACAAAUGACCCAACACCAGACUGUGAGCCCACCGUUAUCACCCAACACCUGUGCCCAACCACAAACCACCCAACACCGGACUGUGAGCCCACCGUUAUCACCCAACACCUGUGCCCAACCACAAACCACCCAACACCGGACUGUGAGCCCACCCUUGUCACCCAACACCUGUUUCCAACCACAAACCACCCAACACCGGACUGUGAGCCCACCUUUCUCACCAAACAUCUGUGCCCAACCACAAAUGACCCAACACCAGACUGUGAGCCCACCGUUAUCACCCAACACCUGUGCCCAACCACAAACCACCUAACACCGGACUGUGAGCCCACCAUUAUCACCCAACACCUGUGCCCAACCACAAACCACCCAACACCGGACUGUGAGCCCACCCUUGUCACCCAACAUCUGUGCCCAACCACAUGCUCACCCAAUAUCAGACUUUGA